UGGUUUUUGUAAACUGUGAUGCACUUUAGGGUCACAGUGGAAAAACACUUCUGACUUUAGGCUUACACAUGUUUGUGCCCUGUCAGUGUAUUGUCAUGAUAUUGGAAAUAGGCUUCCGUAGAAAUGAUUUGAAGGACAUGUAAUCGCCCUUUAUUUAUUAAAGAAUCUUACUCCUUUUGUGUUCCUAAACUUUGAAGAUCAUGUUUGGGAAGUUUAAGAUAAGUACUAUUUUUUGUGUUGUAUUUACACAUUUCAGUAUGAUCUACCAUCUGGACUUAAUUGGAAACGUAUUGGUGUUUAUAUUUUGUAGAUAUCUCUUCCAAAUGCUUAGUGAAAAAGGUGGGAGGAUCACUUGAGCCAGGGCGUUGAAGUCUGCAGUGAGCCCUGUGUUUGCCACCACAUUCCAGCCUGGGAUUGAUUUCUAAAGACUCAUGUUAUGUGAGGAAGCAGCUGAGAAGAGGAAAGGAAAGGAGCCAGGCAUGGCUCUUCCUCAGGGACGCGUGACUUUCAGGGAUGUGGCUAUAGAAUUCUCAUUGGCGGAGUGGAAAUGCCUGAACCCUGCGCAGAGGGCUUUAUACAGGGAAGUGAUGUUGGAGAACUACAGGAACCUGGAGUCUGUGGAUAUCUCUUCCAAAUGCAUGAUGAAGGAGGUCUUGUCAACAGGGCAAGGCAAUACAGAAGUGUUCUACCCAGGGACAUUGCAAAGACCUGAAAGUCAUCACAUUGGAGAUUUUUGCUUCCAGGACAUUGAAAAAGAAAUUCAUGACAUUGAGUUUCAGUGUCAAGAAGAUGAAAGAAAUGGCCAUGAAGCACCCAUGACAAAAAUAAAAAUCUUGACUGGUAGUACAGACCAAUAUGAUCAAAGGCAUGCUGGAAACAAGCCUAUUAAAGAUCAGCUUGGAUCAAGCUUUCAUUCACAUCUGCCUGAACUGCACAUAUUUCAGAUCAGAGGCAAAAUUGCUAAUCAACUUGAGAAGUCUACCUGUGAUGCUCCCUCGGUUUCAGCAUCCCAAAGAAUUUCUUGUAGGCCCCAAACCCAGAUUUCUAAUAACUAUAGGAAUAAUUUCUUGAAUUCUUCAUUACUCACACAAGAACAGGAAGUACACAUGACAGAAACAUCUUUCCAAUGUAAUGAGAGUGGCAAAGCCUUUAAUUGUAGCUCACUCUUAAGGAAACACCAGACAAUCCGUUUAGGAGACAAACCAUAUAAAUGUGAUGUAUGUGGCAAGCUCUUUAAUCACAAGCAGUACCUUGCAUGCCAUCAGAGAUGCCACACGGGUGAGAAACCUUACAAGUGUAAUGAGUGUGGCAAGUCCUUCAGUCAGGUGUCAUCCCUUACAUGCCAUCGUAGACUUCAUACUGGAGUAAAACCUUACAAGUGUAAUGAGUGUGGCAAGCUCUUUGGUCAAAAUUCAGCCCUUAUAAUUCAUAAGGCAAUUCAUACUGGAGAGAAACCUUACAAGUGUAAUGAAUGUGACAAGGCUUUUAAUCAACAAUCAAACUUUGCACGUCAUCAUAGAAUUCAUACUGGAGAGAAACCUUACAAAUGUGAAGAAUGUGACAAAGUUUUCAGUCACAAAUCAACCCUUGAGACACAUAGGAGAAUUCACACUGGAGAGAAACCAUACAAAUGUAAGGUUUGUGACACAGCUUUCACGUGGCAUUCACAGCUGGCACGACAUACCAGAAUUCACACUGGAGAGAAAACUUACAAGUGUAAUGAGUGUGGCAAGACUUUCAGUCACAAUUCCUCCCUUGUAUGCCAUCGAAGACUUCAUGCCAGAGAGAAAUCUUAUAAAUGUGAGGUUUGUGACAAGGCUUUCAUGCAGAAUUCACAACUGGCAAGACAUACUAGAAUUCACCCUGGAGAAAAACCUUACAAGUGUCAUGAAUGUGGCAAGACCUUUGGUCAAAAUUCAGAUCUUUUAAUUCAUAAAUCAAUUCACACUGGAGCGCAACCUUACAAAUGUGAAGAAUGUGAAAAAGUUUUCAGUCGCCAAUCAAGCCUUGAGACACAUAAGGUAGUUCAUACUGGAGAGAAACCAUACAAAUGUAAGGUUUGUGACAAGGCUUUCGCAUGUCAUUCCUAUCUGGCAAAACAUACUAGAAUUCAUAGUGGAGAGAAACCUUACAAGUGUAAUGAGUGCGGCAAGACCUUCAGUCACAGGUCAUACCUCGUAUGCCAUCGUAGAGUUCAUAGUGGUGAGAAACCUUACAAGUGUAAUGAGUGUGACAAGACCUUCAGUCGCAGGUCAUCCCUUCAUUGCCAUCGUAGACUUCAUAGUGGUGAGAAACCUUACAAGUGUAAUGAGUGUGGAAAUACCUUCCGUCACUGGCCAUCCCUUAUAUACCAUCGUAGACUUCAUACUGGAGAGAAAUCUUACAAAUGUACUGUUUGUGACAAGGCUUUUGUGCGUAAUUCACUCCUGGCAAGACAUACUAGAAUUCACACUGCAGAGAAACCUUACAAGUGUAACGAAUGUGGGAAGGUUUUUAAUCAACAAUCACACCUUUCACGUCAUCAUAGACUUCAUACUGGAGAGAAACCUUAGAAAUGUGAAGCAUGUGACAAAGUUUUCAGUUGGAAAUCACACCUUAAAAGACAGAAUUCAUACUGGAGAGAAGCCAUACAAAUGUAAGGUUUGUCACAAGACUUUUGGGAGUGAUUCACACCUGGCACAACAUACUGAAAUUCACACCGGAGAGAAACCUUACAAGUGUAAAGAGUGUGGCCAAGCCUUUAGUGGACAGUCAACAUUUAUUCCCCAUCAGGCAGUUCAUGCAUGGUAUGGGGAAAUUUGACUAAUGUAAUGAUUCUCACAGUCUUCAGUAACGCUAAAACCAUUGCAAAUCAUUUGAGAACCUAUAAUGAAGGGAUAUCUUACAAGUGUAAUAAAUGUGGUAAAGUUUUCAGA